UAAAACCUGUAAGCUAAGCAAAUACCGAAAACGAAACGCACAAACACACCGAUUCUGACCUUUCAAACCGAUGAGUAACAGUACAAGUCCUCUCCCAGAAUUAAUUUCUUUGUACACAGGGACCCAGAAUUGAAUCUCACGAGUAGAGGAACUUGAAAUUUUCAUCAAGAAUGGGGCUUUUCUCUCUCACCAUGGCAGGUGGUGCUUUUCUUUUGAUCGGUGCAUACGAAUCUCUUACUUCUUCUUCCUCAAAUCUGAUUACAAAUUCACUCUCCUCUUCUCCUACGGUUGAUCGAAUAACAAAUUUGGUAGCCCCUAAAAACCCAAACCCUAAAUCCCACUCCUCAUCUUCUUUCUUUUACAUUUUGAUCGCCGUAUUUUCGUUUCUUUUCGCUAUUGACUCUCUAUUUUCGCUUUUCAAUGCCAUUAACAUGCAAGAUGGAAUCGGUUCGGCUAUCCAGUUACAAGUCCUCGCUAUUUCUGCACUUUUUUUAUUGUAUUCAAUUUUAGGUCUGGUAUCGAAUUUUUCAAAUUCUAUUCGUGUACCUUCUUCGCUUCUUGAUUUGAUCCUUUUGUUUGCUUUCGUGGAAGAGUUUUUGUUGUAUUAUCUGCAAAAGAAGGACACAAGUGGGAUUGAAAACAGGUACUUUGAUCUUUUACUUGUGCCCAUUUCGAUUUGUGUGGUUUCUACAGUUUUGGAGUUGAAGUCUUCUUCAAAAUCGAAUAAUUAUGCAAGAACGGCACGUGGGAUUGGGUUGAUUCUGCAAGGAAUGUGGUUUUUGCAGAUGGGUAUUUCUUUUUACACCAACAUGAUUGUUCAUGGUUGCUCUUUGCAUGAAAAAAGCAGAGGGAAUUAUACCAUAAAAUGUAAAGGGCAUUCUGAGUAUCAUAGAGCAAGAGGGAUUGCUACACUUCAGUUCAACUGCCAUCUUGCUUUGCUUGUGGUUUUAGUUUCAAGUGUAUACUCGAUUAUGGCUAAAAAGAAUAGGGAUGGUAGUGACUUUAUGCAGUAUAAGCCUCUUGGGGCAGAGAUGCAGCAGACGGAGAAUAAUGGGCACUUCACUUUGGAUUCUGAUGAGGAUGAGAUCAAAGAAGAGGAUAAUUCAACUAAGGAGAGAUCAGCUGUAGUAGAAAUGGUGGUUAAUGGCUAUGGCUCUCAUGAAUGAGUCAAUUUUAGAGGUCAAUUUUCAUUGUUAGUGUAUUCUUUUAUUAGUGAAGACACGGCUGGUUGGUGUUGUAUAAAGCAAUUGCAAUAGUCCACUUCGACUGGUUUUGGGAUCUGAAUUUUACCGUUCUUGCUUAAUGAAUGAAGUUACUUCUAUUUUUCAAUUUCUUUCA